AUGGCGCACUUUCCCCAACCAGCUACGCUGGAGGACGCGCUGCCGCUGCUCGGCAAGCCGGACCUGCGCAUGCGCCAGCAACUCGGCGAAAGGCUCGUGGCUCUCGUGCGACGCGAGGAGAUCUCGCACGAUAUAGCCGCGCCGCUGCUGGACUCGCUGGUUGCGUGGCUGAAUGGGGGCAAUUUCAAGGUCGCCCAGAAUGGUCUAGAAGUUAUAGCUGCAAUCGCUGAGCGUAUGGGCCAGGAGUUCUCACACUAUGUGCCUACCGUUUUACCUCAUAUUAUAGACAGACUAGCUGACACGAAAGAAGGUGUUCGUGUAUCGGCUAGAACCUGUAUCAGCACCCUUGGCGACUGCAGAGCGGCUGCGCCCCGGGCGUUGCUCGCGAGGCUGACGCCAGCGCUCCAGCAUAAGGCUGCGCAUACGCGGGAAGAAACGCUCAAGUGUAUAGCGGCUUUACUUCAUACGCACGGAGCUACCGAACUACAGCUUAGGUCGUGCAUACCGAGCCUAGCUGCGUUGGUCGGCGAUCCAAACGGAGCCGUUAGAGACGCCGCAGCCCAGCUACUGGUCGAUGUAUACAGACAUGUUGGUGAAAGGCUGCGUCAGGAUUUAAAGAAGAAAGAAUUGGUGCCCGCCCAGAAGCUGUCUUUACUGGAACAGAAGUUUGACGAAGCGAGAGAGGCUGGAUUGCUAUUACCCUCAGCAACCGUCGGCACGGACGAAGCUGACUUCGUAUCUAGAACUAUAAAACGAACCAUGACAAUACCGACAAGUCGUAGUCGAGAUGGCGACAGCGGUGCUUCUACUCCAGCUUGCGAAGUUAAACGGACCGUGGGUGGGCUAUACAAUUUACCAUCAGCAAGCAGAAAACCACCGCCACCGGCCAAAUUCACCAGUGCAUCUAGCGUAUCUACCGCAGUCGGGAGCGCCGGUGGCGAAGCGGGCGCCGUGUCGAGCGAGGCGUUUGAAGCUGCUUUUGCGCACGUUGCGCCUGCGGCGGUAUACGGCGCUAGGGGCUUGGACGACCUAUGUCGGCACGCUGCAGCGCUACUGGGAGAUAAAUCAGCCGAAUGGGAGAAACGCGUUGACGCGUUAAAGAAAAUUCGCUCAUUGCUUGCUGCUAACGCACACAUUCAAUACCCGACAGAGUUCUCAGCGCAUCUAAAGGACCUCUCUGUGCCUUUUCUAGUCGUGAUUAAAGAUCUGAGAAGUCAGGUUGUGCGCGAGGCGUGUAUAACUAUAGGUCACAUGGCCAAAGUAUUGAAGAAUAAACUAGAGCAGUUCAGUCUGUAUAUUCUACAGGAGCUUAUUAAUCUCAUACAGAAUGCGGCCAAGGUUGUGUCGUCGGCCGGAACUGUGUGCGUUCGGUAUAUAGUCACAUACGUGCACUCGCCGAGGUUAAUCCCUGUUCUUACAACUAACCUGACGACGCACAAGUCGAAGGAAAUCAGAUCUACUCUUAGUGAGGUGCUCGUUUUGGUGCUAGAGAGAUGGCCGCCGCAGACCAUUGAGAAACAACAACAAGUCAUCCACGAAGCCAUUAGACGCGCUUGCGUCGACGCUGACAGCACUGCAAGGAACCAUGGAAGGAGAGCAUACUGGUCGUACAAGAAGCAUUUCCCAGAAGACGCAGAACAGCUAUUCUCAAGAUUGGACUCGGCUGCGCAGAAGCAGAUCGAAAGAGAGCGGAUAGGCAGUGUGGAUAGUCUUCAACAUAUUGGCACGGAAAGGCGAAUGAUCACGAGUCCGCGGAGUCCUUCCGCUAGUGUAUCCGACCGUUCACCAGCUGGCGUAUCAGCGAGAUCUGUAAGCGCAGUGGACGCAGCGGCCGCUCAACGUGCAAAAGCAAGGGCCUUGUAUUCGCAUCUCGCCAGAAACAAGGUCGCCGCGGGAACUGCGAGCUUGCCGCGUGCAAAGCGGUCACCAGUAAGCGGCACUGUGGCGCCAUCUCCUGAGCGAACUGUAAGGUCUAGAUCCAGACCGGGCGUCUCUCAAUCACAACCUACAUCACGCUCUUCAUCACCCUCAUCACGAAGUGGACCAGUGUCUCUAACCAGCGCAAGACGAAGGCCAUCCGGGAUACCUAGAUCUCUAGCGGGUUCUAGGGAGACCAGUCCUACUAGAACGGGUCGUUCAAGUAGUGUUGUGGGCGGCGUAAGAAGAAGAGAGUCAGUUGAACGAUCGCAGAGACCGCCCACUUCCACUCUUAGGCUACUCCAACAAUCGAGGGAUGCUGAGUCUACUUUAAGGAGCCCGGAUGACAACUCUGCCUGCGAUGGCAGAAGAGAUGACGACUCGGAAGCGUCCAGCGUAUGUUCCGAACGGAGUCUUGACUCUUACAGACGACAUGAUAGUCUUACAUGGUCGAGCUCCGGUCGCCUCGGCUGGGAGAGCUCUCCUCCUCCCCUGCUACCCCCGGAUGACAUUAUCGCGCUGUGCGCUUGCACACAUUGGACAGAGCGGAAGGACGGACUUACACAUUUGGCAAACUAUUUAAACAGUGGCAGACUCCUAACUGAAGAGCAGUUACGCCGACUGACCGACCUCCUGAACAAAAUGUUCGUAGAUGCGCAUACCAAAGUGUUUUCGCUGCUGCUUGACGCGGUGUGCGAGCUGUUGCUAGUGCACUGGCAACACUUGAAGGAUUGGCUAUAUCAACUCAUGUUUAGGUUACUAAUGAAACUCGGAACGGACAUCCUGGGUUCCGUGCAAAGCAAGAUUAAGAAGACUCUAGAUGUGAUACACGAGUGUUUCCCCGCGGAACUACAACUUCACAAUAUAUUCAGAUUCCUGGCUGAUGGAGCGACAGCGCCCCCGCCUAGGACCAAAAUAGCCGCAUUGCGAUUCUUAGCUGAUCUUGCGAGUGACUACUGCAUACCUAACAGUCUAGCAGUGGCUUUACAAGGGGGCAGCACUGGCGUGGCUGGAAGGGCAUUGUCAAAGGUCGCCGCACUUGCUAACGACCCAAGAGCGGCAGAUGUCCGCGUCUCGGCACGACGUGCGCUUGCGGCACUGUACGACUGUAAUCCAGUACCGUUCACUACGCUAAUGAGCGAGCUACCUGCAGACAUUCAAGGAUUAGUAAACGGUGUUUUACAGCAACACGUCCGAAGAACAUCAAGCACCGGUAGCGACAGUCCUCUUCGCACGUCAAGUACGACCUCAAACUCCAAUGCUGAAGAUGUAUACUCAAGGAUAAGGAAGACGACGUCAGAGAUUCACACAUAUACAGCCCAACAUGCGAAUGCUGAAUGCGGCAACCACAUGUCAAGCAAAGAUUCUGGCAUCAGUCAAAUGUCAGAUGUGGCGUUAUCGGCGCGUGGUGCGAACGCAGUACAAAAUGGACAUUACGCUGGUGAAAUAGGCCGCGCCGCAUCUGCCGAUAGCUCAGAGGAAGCUAAUAGCACGAAGGAAUCAUCUCCAAUCCCACAUAGAGAUUGUGGUCAUACGCACGGCGACUACAAUUCCGGAAACAUGGGACGUGAUAAGAUUAAACCGUACGAAAUGGACGAAAAUGGACUAUUAAUUACGAAAGCUGGUCUCCGAGAAACGGAGGUACUCGAAGCGUUAAGUAAACUGGAUGUAACCAAAGACCCUUGGGAGCACUCCGAACGGCUGUUUUUGGCAACGCACGAGAUCCUCAAAUACGGCGAGUGCAAGAAGCCGUGCGAGUAUUUUAAAAAUAUAGUAAGGGUGUCACUAGCGGUUAUAACAGUGGACGAUAGCUCCGUAGACAAAGAGAAUUACGAAAACGCUACCAACGUACAAUCAGGAUGGGGCACCGCCCAUGAGCGUACCGCAGCAGAAGCGGUGAAAGUUCUCAUCUGGCUGUGUCGCCGGCCGGAAACGAGGCCGCAGUGGCUAGAUUACUUUGACCUUAUCCUGUUGAAGCUUAUCAACGCGUACGGGGCACUGAGUAAAGAGGUUAUGCGAGCCAUUGACAACGGCAUGUCGCAUAUCGCCGCUGCGCUGCCGGCCCAUGAGAUGCUCCGGCUCUUGAAACCAGUGAUUAGAACAAGAGGUUACCCAACGUCACUUUGUGCGCUGAAAUUGGCUGCAGAAGUGGCUAAGGCGAGGGGACCAGAACUAACCGACGAGAUCGUAUCCCCCUUAAUGGAAGGGGUAGGACAGUUAGCAGAUCACCAGAACUCGGCUGUUCGCAAGGCGGCCAUUUUCUGUAUGGUCGCCUUCACAUUUGCCCUGGGCGAAGAGAGAAUGCAGCCGCACUACAAACACCUGUCAGUUAGCAAGAUGCGACUCUUACACGUGUACAUCAGCAAGCACAAGGAAGAGGGGAAUAAAGGAGGCGGUUCGUAG